CGCUGAAACCCUCUCGCCCAGGAUCAGAGUGCGUUGCUUGGCGAUAGAAGAAGAGAUGCCGAGGACAGAUGGUCGUUUCCUGCCGUCGAUGUGCCCGAGAAUUGGGAGCGUCGUCGCUCGGGAAGACGAGAGCGGCGGGGUCCAGGUCAAGGUCGUGGUGACCAAGAAGCAGCUGAAGCAGAUGGUGGCGGCGAUGGGGCAGGAGCGGAGCGCCCGUGCUGCUGGUCAUCGACUGGCGGCGUCGCCGACCAUGGAGCAGGUUCUGCGCUCCCUCCGCAGGCGGCACAUGAAAAGAGGCGAGAAGGGUCAGUGUCGGAGCCGGUGGCGGCCGGAGCUUCAAAGCAUACCGGAAGAGAUUUAGGAUAAGCAGCGGAUUUCCUUCUGCUACUACAUGAUGAUAGUGGCUCUGUAGCUUCGUAGCUUUGUUAGUUCUUGUGUCGGGGAGAUGAAAUUUUGAUCGCAAAUCAUGCACUGUAGUCAAAAUCUCGUUAGAUCUUUCCUUGCCACGUCAGAAUAGAAAAUUCUCGAGUUUCUUCUGGGCAUUACCUUCAAAUUAGAAUUAUUUUAUAGUUAAUCCUAAAUUAGAGUUCUUACAUAAAAUCAUCUCUGAUUUGUAA